CCUACACACCCACCUCUGUCUACACUCGCCUGUUCAACAUUUCUUACUUCUGCUAGAAAAAUACAUCGCUACACCAAACCUCAGAGCUCUGAAUCGCAGCGCGGCGCAUCGUGAUACACCAGCAGCAAUAGCUCCAAAAGCAAGCACAACAUGGAGUCCCCUCCAGAUCCAGCGAGCGACCCGGGCAACGGCGUCUCAGAGCCGGUUACCCCGGUCAGGGAAACCCCGGUAAACCUGGAGACCCUCCGCAAAGCUGAGCACCAAGCCCCGGUGCGCCGGCAGAGCUGCUCCAGCACCAACAGAGGUAUUUCAGUAACAAAGAAGACACACACCUCUCAAAUCGAAAUAAUUCCCUGCAAGAUCUGUGGAGACAAAUCAUCAGGCAUCCAUUAUGGCGUGAUAACGUGCGAGGGCUGCAAGGGCUUCUUCAGGAGGAGUCAGCAGAGCAAUGCGGCGUACUCGUGCCCGCGUCAGAAGAACUGCCUGAUUGACCGCACCAGCCGGAACCGCUGCCAGCACUGCAGGCUGCAGAAGUGUCUGGCCGUGGGCAUGUCACGUGACGCGGUGAAGUUUGGCCGAAUGUCAAAGAAACAGCGGGACAGCCUGUAUGCGGAAGUGCAGAAACACCGGCUACAGCAGCAGCAGCGGGACCACCAGCAGCAGCCUGGUGAGGCCGAACCCCUUACCCCAACCUACGGCCUCUCCACCAAUGGUCUGACCGAGCUCCACGAUGAUCUGAGUGGAUACAUGAAUGGCCACACGCCCGAUGGCACCAAGCCUGAUUCAGGCGUCAGCAGCUUCUACCUGGACAUCCAACCCUCACCCGAUCAAUCCGGCCUGGACAUAAACGGCAUCAAGCCAGAGCCCAUCUGCGACUUUACCCCUGGCUCUGGCUUCUUCCCCUAUUGCUCCUUCACCAAUGGGGAGACGUCCCCCACCGUUUCCAUGGCUGAGUUGGAACAUCUGGCCCAGAACAUUUCCAAGUCCCACAUGGAGACGUGUCAGUACCUGAGAGAAGAACUUCAGCAGAUGACCUGGCAGGCGUUCCUUCAGGAGGAGGUGGAGAACUACCAGAGCAAGCCCAGGGAAGUCAUGUGGCAGUUGUGUGCCAUCAAAAUCACAGAGGCCAUUCAGUAUGUGGUGGAGUUUGCCAAGCGCAUCGACGGCUUCAUGGAGCUCUGUCAGAAUGAUCAGAUAGUGCUUCUCAAAGCAGGCUCUUUGGAGGUGGUGUUCGUCAGAAUGUGCCGUGCCUUCGACCCUCAGAACAACACAGUCUAUUUCGAUGGAAAGUAUGCUGGGCCUGAUGUCUUUAAAUCAUUAGGCUGCGACGACUUGAUCAGCUCUGUCUUCGAGUUUGGGAAAAACUUGUGUUCUAUGCACCUCUCUGAAGACGAGAUCGCCCUGUUCUCCGCCUUCGUCUUGAUGUCUGCCGACCGAUCCUGGCUCCAGGAGAAGGUGAAGGUGGAGAAACUCCAGCAGAAGAUCCAGCUGGCCCUCCAACAUGUUCUGCAGAAGAACCACAGAGAGGACGGCAUACUGACAAAGUUGAUAUGCAAAGUGUCCACGCUGCGAGCCCUGUGCAGCCGGCAUACGGAAAAGCUGACGGCGUUCAAAGCAAUAUAUCCAGACAUUGUCCGCGCACAUUUCCCCCCUUUGUACAAGGAGUUAUUCGGAUCAGACUUUGAGCAGUCGAUGCCCGUUGACGGGUAGCGUUUCCCGAUGCCACACCGUGGGGAAUGUCAAGCUUCAAUCUGAGACACUUUAGCAGUGCCCUGCGCAUACACACACACAUAUACACACACACCUGGAUGGACGACACACUGCACACACACACUUCCCCUCACUUUUUUUUUUUUCUUGGCAAUUUUUUUUCGUCGGGGAGAUGAUGAUAAUGGACUGGGUAGGACUCCAGCGGUUUAUUUUUGGGGGUUUGUUCCCUCCUUUUACUGACACAGGUGGGAUUCGGAGCCCAGGGGAGAGGACGAGAAGAUGAAGACACUUGUUUUUUUUUUUUCUCUUCUCUCUCUCUCUUUCUCUCUCGUUCCUUUCCAGAGCCGUCCCGUGGCGAUUUGUCACCAUCAGCAUAAAUAGUUCUGACUCGUUUCCAAAACGAUUCCCGGAGAGAGCAUCGGCCUAAACUUUUCACAGCCCCUUUCUCAAGCCACGAACGAAGUUGCAAUCAAAAAAAAAAAGCUGAUUAUCUGGACUGUUCCAGCAGUUAUUGUAGCACCAAAAAAAAGUGUAGAAGCACAUGUUGUGGUUUCUUCCUUCCCUCGCGCUUGGAUUUUAGUUUUUGGGAUGCGAAACGAAGAAGAGAGAGAGAAAGAGAGAUACGGAGAAGAAGACACCUCCGAACAGCACCUUUCUACGGACAAUCGAGAACAAAAAAAAACAACAACAAAAAAAAGAAGGAACAACGUGUAGAAUUCUGGUAAUUCUAGUCGUAAAGUGCGCGAUUGCUUUUAGCCGUCAGAGACUCCAUCUAUCAUAGUUGCUUAGUGAUAUCGUUUAAGGCCAUCUGCUAUUAAGUCCCUCUCUGGAACGGUGUUUUAACGUAACGGUCUGACCACAAACAUCGAUGCAAUGCAAGGGUCCAUUCCACCUGUUUUCUAACGUGUUACAGGGUAUACGGUCAUAAGUACAAACUAUACAGAAGAAGAAGAAGAAAAAAAUAAUAAUGUUUAUAGAAUCUAUUUUAAAUAACAUGUAUGAUAUUUAGUAGCUAGACUAUUCUUAAUUGUGAAAAAUCGAUAAGGCACUUUUAUUUGCACCUUUCUUUAAUUUAAGACUUGUAUAUUUACCUAGUGAUGUGUUGCAUGUAUAAAUACCACGGUUCUGGAGAGCGAGUGCUGGAAACCCAACGCUGCUGAGGGUGGGUGCGUGUUUGUGUGUGUGUUUUUUGUAUUUAUUUGCGCGAGGCGGAGGUUGGUGCUGGGGAAAGGCAGGUCAUGUGAUCUGGGAGGGGGAGGGGGGGUGUAUAAUUAUUUUUUUUUUUGUCAUUUAAACUGGAACUAAGCUCUAGUUCUUGUUAUGAACCUAAGCACACGGGGUCUAUUCAGUGAAAUAAGACCCUUUUUCCAUACGUCAUUUGCUGUUUAAUGGUUCCAUCUAGUGGUGGUCCACCAGAUCUGUUGGCUGAUUUUCUUAAACCGGCUUUUGUGAGGGUCUUUGCCCAGCAACAACGCUCGUCGGGAAUGUAAGAGUGAGGAAAAAAAUACAAAAAGAGACAUAUUCAAAGCCUUGUCUGGUUGAAAAUCCUCUAUUUUUGUAACAUUGUACACUGCUUAUGAAACCUAUGAGAGAAAAAAAGGGAAAGAACGAAGGAUGAUUUAGCACUUAAUCCUGCAAUAAUUAGAAUUUGUGUGUAUUUUUAAUGAUUUUAUUUGUCUUUUUCAAAGAACAAGACAUUUGUAGUAAUAGUGCUAUUUUUCGGAAAUACCUAACUGUAGUGUGUUGCGUGUGUUUGUACGUCUUUUGAAUGUGCCAUAGUGGUCCUUCCUGCUUUUUUUUUUUUUUUUUUUUUUUUUGGAGUCUAAAUAACAAAAAGAUUUGUUGUAUUGUAACAUUCCAGUAAAAAAAAACUACUUAGAAAAUCCCACAAUAAUCCAGAAGAAGAAAAAAAAAACAUUAUUGAUCUUCAACCUGCUUAUACGGACAUUCUGACAAACAUCCAGUAGAUCUUGGUAGCUUUUGUGUCAUCCCCCCCCCAUAAUUUCCUCAGGGAAGAGUCUGUCUAACUCAAUUCUGACGCUGGUAGCUUAAAAAAUGUUAGUCAGCUCUAUGUUGCAUCUAAAACUCAAUAAUUGGAUCUUGACGGCCUGUUUAGAACAAAUAAAUAGCAUUUUUAAUAUAUUUAAGUCCACCACAUCACUAAAAGAUCAGUCAAUGCAAUCGCAUCAUGAAUGACAAUCCAGGUUCACGUUUAGUUCUUUGUAAAUCAGCAGUUUGUGUACUACACAGCUCAGGGAGAGAGAUAUGGUGAUGAUUGAAAAAACAGUGAGAUACUGCGAACAGUUCUAAACCCAGUGAGCUGCCAACAUAGACAGCAAAAAAUGUCCACUACUUCAUUUCGAUCAAAUUUUGAGCCAUUUAUUGCUAAAAAGCCAUUCCAACAUGGACAUAUCAGAUCAAAAGACAUGAUAAUUAUGCAUUUAUGCCAUUCAGAAUCAUAAAUAAUGACAAAAUUCUGUUAGUAAUGCAAUAUUUACCCAACGAUUCCGGGAAAUUUGCUCAAUAAUUUAACAUAGCAGCAUACUGAUGUAAAGACUCCAUUGAAAUCAAUUGUGAGAGAAAGCGCAGCAUUUGUUAAAUGGGUGCCACCUACAUAUAUUGUUAAAUAAACAUUUAUAAAUGUUGGGAAAUAAAAGUGUUCUCCCUCAUUACUUUAUUUUCAAAUUUUAAGCCGUGUAGGCCACUGUGAAGAAAGAAAACUAGCAUGGAAUAAAAUAUAUGCUAAUUAUGAACAUACUUUAUUCACUACUGAUUAACAAUAGUUGUAGGUUUUACCCAACCUUUAUUUUUUAAAGUAUCAUUCUUUUAGCAUAGCAACAUGCUAAUGUGAAUCGCAAUUGAAAUCAAGCAAGAGAAAACAAACAUGUUACAUGUUAUUGAUGUAGCGGACAGUGGUGUUUUCUACGUAGAAUAGUCCAAAUAAAAAGGCUUUGUUGCCUUUCUAGAUAGCAAAAAUAUGUGCUUAUAAUGGUGGGAAUUAAUAAAUGUGUGCUACACUGAUUUGUUUUCAAAUUUUGUCAAUUGCAGGAAAACAAAAAUCUGUAAAACUAUCUUCCAACAUGCUGUGUGAGUCAAAAGAUACGCUAAUUAUAUUUUAGGCUAUACUGAAAAGGAUCAAUAAAUAAGAGUUCAAUUGAAUUUUGAAGUUAAUAUUUGCCCAAGCGUGUUAAUGUAUGUGUUUAGCAUAGCAACAUGCUAACUUAUUGAAGCUUAUUAAAGUAGAAUGUAUUUAGCAUAGCAACAUGCUAACUUAAAACACAUUAGAAAUCAAUUGUGAGACGAGACAAAACAUGUGUUGUGCAUGUAGAUUGAUCUAAACCACUCAUGCUACGUUACAUUACGCUGCCUAUGUAGAUAACAUACAAGGGAGCUCACUGGGAACUGAACUGAUCCAAAAAAAGAACCUGGUAUUAUGUUAAAAGUACAAAUCUGUUACUGGUCAUUCUUUAAUCCUUAUUUUUCAUCUUUCACAAUUUCGUGCUAAUGUCACACCCCGUUAUUCACUAGCAUGAGUGCUGUCAAGUCAAGAGAAGACAGUAGUACAUCAAAAAUAAACAAUGCGAAAUGUGUCAUUUCAUUCAUUCGCCCCGUAGGCCAGGAUUUAGUCAAGUCCCCCAAGAUCUAAUUCCCUAAACUCAAACAAAGCAAGAUACCAACCUCAAGCAUGCUACGCUAAUUUACUUAGCUACAACGUGCUUUUUUCUUCUUCUCCGGAUUGGGAUUUGUUCUAAUUGUUGCUGAUAAUUGUUCGAGUCUAUGUGCCAAAUACCUCUUCACGAUUUUGCUCCACCUUGAGACGUCCGUCGCUCGACAAAUACGGGUUUCUACAGGGUAACCACUGCUGUGGAGUCCCCUUGAUGAACAAGCUUUGCUGUUGCCUGUCCAAUGAUCCUCAAUUCAGAACAACACCAUAAAAGCUGUCACGUUUUGCCACUUUUUUUGCAUGUCGUAUUUUGUCAGUGUAAUUUGUAUUAGACAUUUUAAAGCAAUAUGCUAUGAGAUAGAACUUUUUUGGGACAAAAUUUAUUUUUUCUAACACAAGGUACUUAAACAGCUCCGAAUCUGUGGUAUUUUUAGACGCGUAGAGGUGGAAGAUCCAUACAUUUUUCCCUCCGUCUUUAUUGUAAAUUCUUUUUUUUCUUUCGUUAACUGUGGUCCCCUCUUUGUAAGAAGCAAUAUAUGUCCGUAAGUGGAUGCGAGAGCAUAUACAAGCGGAAAUCUGUGUGUUUUGUGAUAUUUGUAAUGUCUGCUUAAGGUCAAACCCCCCAGACAAGGCUUUAAACGAUCAGGCGCAGCAGGGUGAGAUGGUGAACUGUAUGUAAGAUCUUACGUUUCUUUCCCAGGAUUUAAACUAUUUUACGUAGCACUGAGCUUGAAUCCGUUGACGAGGCUGUACUAGCAUGACACACCGCACUUCGACGUUAACAUUUCAAUUAGAUUUAUGCAACAAGGCCUAUGCACUCACGGACUUCGGCACAUUUACAGUUUCUUUCUUCUCGCAAUUCUGAUAAAUGUGUCAUGCUUGCGACAGCAUUCGAGCUGAAGGUUAAAGUGUUACUAAGAUUUACGUCAACCAUUUUCCUUGCGUUUUUUGUUUCUUUCCAAAAGCACAGCUGACGCGUUAUUAAAAGUGAACUAUGUUUAGAUAAUAGACGAAAAGAAAAGUCUUUUAGCCAUAAACGAAUGUCAAGCAAUAAUAUAUAUGGUGUAUUAUGAUUCAUUUUGUGCAUAGGCUUUGAACAUCUGCAUGUAAAUACAUUUUCUUAUUUAUCGCGUUUAAUUUCUUUUCCCGCUUUGCAUUUUUUAGUUCGUUUUGGUUUUAUUUGUAUAUUGACUAGUUCCGUUCCCGGGUGGAGAACUACGAACGUCAAAAACGGCCUGUACAGCUACGUUUCCCUGUCCUCCUUUCGGCUUUUAAUUCACGAUAUUUAAUGUUCUAUCGAUCACAUGUAUAAAAGUAACUUUGUAACUUCUGUCUGUAUAGGUAAGAAGAGAAUACUGCUAUUAAGACCUGCUCAGUGCAAAAUAUUUAUCUGUUUUAUCAGACACAUCAUGCUGUACAAUAUCUGUUUUGACUAUACUUCUCUCUUUUAGACUUAGUUCGAUUAGCGGUAGGGUGUGCGGACAUUAAUUUUUGUGUUAUACUGACGUGUGGUGCUAGGUAAGUUACUUUUGUGAACAAAAAUUAUGGAUUCAUAGACUAGGCCACCCUCUUAGUCCAUUCAUUUCACUGAGUAUUGAUGCAUUAUUAAUAUUAGGACUCGAUAAAGAAUAAUAAUAAUAAUAAUAACGAUUAUAAUAAUGAUAAUGUUAAAGAUAACGAUAGUGGUAAAUUUACUUUCGAAUACCCAGCGAGUACCUGUAUCAGUGUGCUAGUCUUGGGACGCGGCUUGUUUCCUUCCCACUUUUAAGAUUAUUAGCAAGUAUCAGCUAAGUUAAACGUCGCAAUUUAAAUUUUUUGACAAUUGUGCUUACAAAAUGGAGAAAAAAAAAAGCAGCAGUAUUGUGUUCGUUUUUGGAGGCGUUUCUAAUCCAGUGCUUAUUUUCUGUAUUGGACGCUGGAAGGACUUUAAACACGCGAUUAACUAACGGAUUGUCUGCCACUUUUUGGCUCCCUCCAUAUUUGUUUUAUUUUUUUAAUCAUACAUUCAGUUUUGUUUUUUAUUUUUAAAGUCACACUUACACACACUCACAAUGGUUAAGUGUUAGAAACUGUACAGGACAAAAGCGGUUGUGCGAAGUUUUGUUGCGAAACUUCCUGUUUUUAUCUUUGUAGCAAGGCAGAAUCUACUUGCAAUAAUUCUUAGCAAACGACGCUGAGUGCCUCUCAGUGGUGCAGAAAAUAUAUUCGUCCGUUAUUGUUUUCACCGUUUUUUCGACCGUGUUUGCACACGUAAGUGAAUUCUGUCUGAUGUUACCGACUUUUAUUUUUCGUAUGUAAAUGAGGCAUUUCAUGUUUGUUUAUAGCCAUGGAAACAACAUUUAUGGUCUCUGUGAUGUCCUGAAAUUCUCUUUCUUUUUCCCUCCGAACAACUCCACAUGGGACAUUUCAUCCAGUCGGUUGGGUGUAUUUUGGAUAUUCGCAGAGACAAAAUGGCGGACAAUAGACAAUCCACUCCGUGUUCUCCUUGUUGUUUCCUGCCGAUUAGAUUUUAAGUUGACGAUUAUGAAACAAAAUGACUAAUGCAAUGUAUUUUAAGUGUUCAUAUGUGUAUGAUGCAUACUACACUUCUAUUUCUCGUUGAGCUGAAGGGAAGGGCACAAGGGCUGGAGCGGGACGGGUUGCAUUUUGCUCCUGCCAACCUGUGGGGG